CCUGGGGCGUAGCUUCUCCGGGGGCGCCGGGAACCACCAUCCGGGGAGCAGGGGCGGAGCCGGCCAGGCGGGGAGGCCCGGACCCCUUCCUCCGUCGGCACCUCCCCCGGCCCCGAGCUCGGUGCCCGCCCGGUCCGAAGCGCGGCGCGGCGGCAGCGAGGCCAUGGGCUCCCGGCUGAGCCGGCAGAGCAGCCUGGAGGAGGAGAGCACCGAGGAACCCAGCGCCGGCAGGCUGGAGAGCGGCCGGGGUGACUUCCACCUCUCCUCCCUGCUCCUCCACCCGCAGAAGCUGCCCGGGGUGCUGCGGAAAGCCUCGCCGGCUCCCUAUGUGCGGCGAGUGGGGUGGCUGCGGGAGAUCCAGGCCACCAUCCGGGAGCACAAGCGGGACCACGCCGUGCACAUCCUCAGGCUGCUUCGGAAGGACCUGGGACUGGAAGGAACAUUCCUCAAUGAAGUGCUCUACAAAAAUGCAACUUUCCUCAACUUGGUGGAUCCCAUCUCCCAUGACUUGCUGAUGAGCCUUGCUAGAGAUCUGCAGUGUCCCAAAAAGGAGUAUGACCCCUGGAAGUCCUCGGACAGGAUUUGCAGGCAGCUGAUUUACCACCUGACCCCUCACUCCAAAUGGCACCGGCACGGCAUGCCGCGCAGGAAGUCCCAGAUGUGCCUGAAGACCAGCCUGCAGAAGAAGGUGAGCCAGGGCUGCAUGGAUCUGUCGGGGAUCCCGCUGAGCAUGCGGGACGUCCACCGCAUGGCCUACUACCUGCAGAGCAAGGGGCACCACCUCACUUCCGUGGACCUGAGCUUCACGGAGCUGAACGACGACAUGGUGCGGCUGCUGCUGCCCUUCCUCUGGGCGCUGCCCCAGCUCACCCACCUCUCCCUCAACGGCAACCGGCUGACACGGGCCACCAUGAAGGAGCUGACCGACGCCGUGAAGGACAUGAGCAAGUUCCCUCGCCUGGCCUGGGUGGACCUGGGCAACAACGUGGAUGUCUCCUGCAUGCCGCAGCCACUGCUGGUGGGCCUGCGCAAGCGCCUCAGCCAGCAGACCACGCUGCCAACCAUCUACGAGGCGCUCGACUGCGACUCGGAGAGCGCCGGCGGGCACGAGGGCAGCCAGCCAGGGAGCGGAGCGGUGGCCAGCGCCCUGCCACGUGCUUUUCCUCAGCAGGGCUGCGAGAGGUGACUGGGCGGCAGUGGGUCAGGGCUGGCGCACUGAAGCCGCCCCAAGGAGAAGAAGCCUUGAAUGCUGACAUCAGAGGGCCAGCUCUGUCAGCUUCCUUUGGCUCUACCCUCUCGCCUUCCCUGAUGUCUGCCCCCCAACUGCUGUCAGACCAAAGCCUGUCGUCCCCUCACAGCGUGCUCCCUUCCCUCCCCUCGCUGCCAAACCCAUCACCCACAUUCCAGAGAGGAACCGGUGACUUACAGUGAACCUGGUCCCCGGGCAGGGUCUCGCUGUCGGAGUCAAGAAUAUCCUCCAGCAGCCAUUGGGAUGAGGGAAAGGGAUGGGGGGGAACCUAGAACAGAAAUAGGCUUGUAGUUUACUUCCUUUCUUCCUUUUCCUAUGCACCUUGGAAACCUUGGGACCUGCAGCCUUGAGUAUGGAAGGAGCCUAGGUGCUGUGAAGCUUAGCUGAAGGGCUCAGGAGGCAGAGCCGGAGCCCAGCAGUGUGUCUCCCUCUUGUGUCUGGCUCCUUUUGUUUUGGUUUUUCUCCUAUUGUGUGUUUUGCAUUAACGUCUGAACAAAGGGACUUGGUCAGAGACCAUUGGAUCACAUAGACUGGGGCGGACACAUGGCUUAGAACUGCAGCAUCAGGAUAUUUGCUGUGUGACCGGGGUGAGAGGGAGGGGAAGGAGGUAUGUGUUGGUGGGAGCAUGGGGGAUGGGAUGAGUUGGGAUGGGAUGGGACAGGAGGAGGGGAGAGAAGAGGGAGGGAGAAUAGUCUUGCGGCUCAGUGGAACUGGAUUCAAAAACUCUGCUUUUGUACCAAAACAACAAGUUCCAAAACUGGGGGAAAGCAGGCAGCUAAGUGCACAACUGUGGCACUAGAGGAGCAAGCAGCGAACAUGCCAGAGGUGGGCACUUCCCAAACUAAAGUUCAUUGCAUGUUGCAUACCUCAUGACGCAGAGAUGACGUGAGCAGCUGCAUUGCCAUCUCCAGUGCUGUCCAAGAACCAAACCACUGGUGCAAUAGUUCUGGUGUCCUCUAUGUUGCUCAUGUUCUGUGUUAAUGUCAUCAACAGCUCUCUUGGACACAAGCAUGAAGCACCAGGGAGACUGAGUGUCUGGGUUGGUCACAUGUUAAGGCAGCAGCCCAGACACUGCAAGAAGAUGGACCAGGAGUCCUCAGGCAGUGCCUGUGGUGUGGGAGAGGACCAGCUGAUACCAUUCCCACUGGGGAGCAGUGGUUCUUUUAUCUAUGGAAAGGGGAAAGUGGAUGUUCAUUUGUGGUAGGCUGCUGCCCUUCAUGUUGCAAGGUGCUGAUACAAAUAAAGUGAUCAGACCCUAGCUGCUAAGUGAAGUCAUAGAAUUGUUAGGGUUGGAAAGGACCUCAAGGAUCAUCCGGUUCCAACCCUCACACUAGAUCAGGUUGCUCAGAGCCACAUCCAACCUCCAGGGAUGAGGCUUCUACCACCUCCCUGGGCAACCUGUUCCAGUGUCUCACCACACU